AUGAAGUGGGCCUCGUCACUUCUCCCGCUAUCMCUGUCCCUGCUCGGGCAGGCUGCCCAUGCUCUGACCCCAGCCGAAUGGCGCAGUCAGUCUAUCUAUUUCCUCCUGACCGAUCGCUUUGGCCGACAAGACAAUUCCACAACCGCGGCCUGCGAUGUCACGCAAAGGCUCGACUACAUCCAAGGAAUGGGAUUUACUGCCAUCUGGAUCACCCCAGUAACUGAGCAGUUCUAUGAGGACACCGGCGACGGUACUUCCUACCAUGGAUACUGGCAGCAGAACAUCUAUGAGGUCAAUUCCAACUAUGGAACAGCUCAAGAUCUCAAAAGCCUGGCCGACGCGCUGCACGCGCGUGGCAUGUACCUGAUGGUCGACGUGGUCGCCAACCAUAUGGGCUACGACGGAGCGGGCACUUCGGUAGACUACAGUGUCUUCAAUCCUUUUAAUUCCUCUAGUUACUUCCAUCCAUACUGUCUCAUCUCCGACUACAGCAACCAGACUAAUGUAGAGGACUGCUGGCUGGGAGACACCACCGUCUCAUUACCCGACCUUAACACGACCGAAACGACAGUGCGAACCAUCUGGUACGAUUGGGUGAAGGCAUUGGUUGCCAACUAUUCCAUCGACGGCCUGCGCAUUGAUACCGUGAAACAUGUCGAGAAAGCCUUCUGGCCCGGUUACAAUGACGCUGCUGGUGUCUACUGUGUCGGCGAGGUCUUUUCGGGUGAUCCAGCGUACACCUGUCCGUACCAGAAUUACCUGGACGGUGUUCUCAACUAUCCAAUAUACUAUCAGCUUCUCUACGCGUUUGAAUCCACCAGCGGCAGCAUCAGCAAUCUCUACAACAUGAUCAGCUCUGUUGCGUCUGACUGCGCGGAUCCCACCUUGCUGGGCAACUUUAUCGAGAAUCAUGAUAACCCCAGAUUUGCUUCCUAUACGAGCGACUAUUCGCAAGCCAAGAAUGUCAUCUCUUUCAUAUUCUUUUCCGACGGGAUCCCCAUUGUCUACGCAGGACAGGAACAGCACUACAGCGGUGGGGCAGACCCGGCCAACCGCGAGGCUGUCUGGCUGUCUGGAUACUCGACCAGCGCCACGCUGUACAGCUGGAUCGCCUCUACCAACAAGAUCCGCAAGCUGGCGAUCUCCAAAGACUCGGCCUACGUAACCUCCAAGAACAAUCCAUUCUACUACGAUUCCAACACUCUCGCUAUGCGCAAGGGUUCAACUGCUGGCGCCCAAGUCAUCACCGUCCUCAGCAACAAGGGAUCCUCGGGCAGUUCCUACUCCCUCUCCCUCAGCGGCACGGGCUACUCCGCCGGCGCCACCCUCGUCGAGAUGUACACGUGCACCACUCUCACCGUGGACUCGAGCGGGAAUCUCGCCGUGCCAAUGGCGUCCGGUUUGCCCCGGGUUCUUGUGCCUUCGUCCUGGGUCAGUGGAAGUGGUCUCUGCGGCGGCUCUGUCUCCACCACCGCAACUACCACCACCAGUGCCACCACGACCACAACAGCGACAACAACGACAGCGUGUACAUCCGCCACAGCGCUCCCAAUUCUCUUCGAAGAACUCGUCACAACCACCUACGGCGAGAACAUUUACCUGACCGGCUCGAUCAGCCAACUCAGCAACUGGGCCACGAGUUCUGCGAUCGCCCUCUCGGCGGGUAAUUACACCUCGUCGAACCCUGAAUGGUAUGUGACCGUGACCUUGCCUGUUGGCACCUCGUUCCAGUACAAGUUCUUCAAGAAGGAGUCGGAUGGGAGCAUCACGUGGGAGAGUGAUCCGAACCGGUCGUAUACGGUGCCGACUGGGUGUGCGGGUACGACCGUGACGGUGUCUGAUACGUGGAGAUGA